AUGAGUCCCGAGAUGCAGCAACUUUUUACAAUGCAGCAACAUGUGCUCUUCGGCCCGAAGGCCCCCCUGAAAAGCCUGGACGACGACGAUUUGGUCAUAGGACAAAUCAGCCAGCCCCAAGCCACGGAGGAGUUCCAUUCUUCAACAAGAUGCCUCCUUGCAGUCGACAAGAUCAAGCAUCCAGAGAACAUGGGCCUUCUGCUGAGCAGUGCUGUCGCACUGAAGUUCGACGGAAUUGUGUUCAGUGCUGAAUGCGCGGAUCCAUUCUGCUACAAAGUCCUGGAGGCUUCCCAGGCCGUUGCUUGGACGCUACCUUAUCGCUAUGCCACGGCGCAGCAGCUGGUGGAGCUAUGUGAGAGGCAUGAAUUGCUUCUUUGUGCUGCUCAUACGGAUGGCAAACCUGCAUCUGAAGUGAUGCAAAAUUUGUCCGGACAGCGUGGCUUCUGCCUCGUUGUAGGCAACGAAGCUGAUGGUGUUCAUGCAGGACUUCUGCGAAGCUGCAUGCAGGUAGCACUGCCAAUGUCCGAGCUUAUGGAGUCUCUAAAUGCGGGCGUUGCAGGGGGAAUCCUGAUGCAUGCUUUGACCUGCGCUUGGAUGCAACACUGGUAG